UGUUGUUUGUGUGUGUGUGGUGCAUGUGUGUGUGUUGUUGGGUUCUGUAAAAUCCAUUUGGUCUUGUUUUAGUUCCCUACUGGCCACAGCACUAAAUAUGCUCCAUUCAGAACAUCCAAGAAUGGGAGGGAUUUUCAUCAUACACCUACACAAAGGUUUCAAAGCCUAACAGACACAGAUCCUCUUGCUCAAACCUCUGUAAAGAGAACAGAGCACAAGUUUUCUCCACCAUGUACAGAAGGACCACCAUCAGUGUUUUCCUGGUCGUCUUCCUGCAGAUGCAUUUGACAUUGGCACAUAGAGGAGAAGCAACUGACACAGCACAAAAGCCUUUAUACAAAAGUCUUGGGAGGCUGAAUCAGCAGUUCAAGAGAUUUCAAAAGGAGACCCUCGCUCAUCUGCAGAGCAUUGCCGAAAACGACAAGAUUUCCCACAGCGUAGACGCUCGAUUCCGGGCUUUGAGCCAGCAGUUCAAGAAGAUCUCCAGAGAGCUCCGCACCUUUAAAGCCACAACAGAGCAAGAGCUGAAUUCACUCAAAUCUUUAGCUAAAAAUCUGCAGAAAAGCACCAAGAGGCUCGAUUCCGGGCUGGCCAACAUGACCCAAGCUGUAAGAGAAAACAGCCUUCUCAACCACAGACAGAUCCAAAAGCAGAAAGCCGUUUUAUCCGACCUGUCCCGUGAGAUACACAAACAGCAAAGCCACAUUGGCAUUUUGAAGAAUCUGAUUCAAGACGGCUUGCGUGACCUUCAGGACUCUUUUAAAAGGCAUCAGAAACAGAUCACACAGUUGGAGAGUCAGGUGGAGAAGAUCUAUCAGUCUAAUUCAACGUCCAAGACAAUAGUUUUGAAUUUAGAUCCCAUUAUUUCUGACAGGAAACAACAAGAUCUGGUUCAGAGGCCUGUCCCGUCUAAACUGGUGAAAAAUAGGUUGCCACCUCAUGGACCCACCAAACAACCGCAGACGUACAAAACAAGAGAGACACUGCCAACAGCACAGCCAGAAGAGGACAUUUUUCCACUUCCACAUAGACACAAAAUCCCACACAUUCAAAUGCCAAAGGAAAAGGCCAAAAUUUGCAAUGUAGGAUCGAUGCUGCUUUUCCCAUCUGCUUCCACUGCAAACUAUGUCACUUUCCAAAAGAGUUUCCCUACUGGAAUACAUGAACUGUCUAUAUGCACUUGGCUGAGAGUCGAUGCAAACUACGUUGGAACGAUUCUGUCUUACGCCACAAAGAACAAUGACAAUACGCUCGUUCUUUAUGGCCGUAAUUCUGGCAUACUGGGCGUCAUAGACUUUGUGAUUGGAGACCCAUCGUAUCGUGAAUUGUCUGUACAGAAUCUUCUGGAUGGCCGCUGGCACCAUUUAUGCAUCAUCUGGUCAUCCAUCGAAGGUAGAUUUUGGUAUUAUUCAGACCGCCAUCUCAUAUCUACCGGAUCUAAGUUUCAGAAGGGCUUUGAGAUCCCUCCAGGGGGCUCUUUGGUUCUAGGACAAGAACAGGAUUCUGUCGGAGGGGGUUUUGAUGUAGCUGAAGCAUUUGUGGGCAGACUGGCUGGUUUUGCGUUGUGGACUCGAACCCUGAGCCCUGGAGAGGUGUCUGGCCUGGCCACCGGCAGAGGGGUGCCUCGAGGAGCAUUGCUCAGCCUUAAAGAUGUUCACCAGCGGUUCGGCAAUGUGCAACAUGUGACCUGUGAGUGUCUGGAGCACUGUAUGUAACAACUUAACCCAAGGGCGUAGAUUUGUUUUGAACAUUGGAGGGUUGAAAUGUCAACUGUACAUUUACUUUCAUUUGCUCAACUCAUGAAAAGCCAUAUUGAUAUAUAUUUACAUAUAGGGCCAUAUACGAACGUAUAUGAAGAAACAUCUUUUAUAUGCAUUGUAUGUGUUUACAUACGCCAUGUUUUGUAUGAUAAUAAUCAGUCAGAUUAAAUACAGACAAAAUAUCCCUGAAUGGUGAUUUAUGUUAUCUGUUCAUCUGUUUUAGUAUUUUGAGUCACAAUACUACUUAUGCUGCCUUGACUUUUUCGACUUUUACAAAAAAUUGUAAACAUAUACAUAUAUU